CCCCUUCGGCCUCCUAUUCUCCUCCCUCCCGACGCCCCAAAAGCGGAGACCAACUCGGCCAGCCGAGUCACCAACCCAGAGCGAGCACGAGCACCAAACCCAACCAGAAAGCCAGGAUCCCCCUCCCCAAGUACCUCCCAAUCCCCCCCCCCCCCCCCCCCCGGCCCCGCCCCGGCCCGCGCGCCGGCGUCCUCCUAUGCUCGCCGGCGAGGGGCGCGGCCGCCGAUGCCCAGCCCGCCGAAGGAACGCCCGUCCGGCCGCCUCGGCCGCCUCCUCGCCGCGCUCCGCCCCUCCCGCGCCGGGCCCCUCCCCGUCCAGACCGGCUUCCCCACCUCCCUCGCCGACCUCGUCGUCAAGAACCAUGGCCGCCUCAAGAAGCAGCCUUCCCCGUCCUCCAAGCGCGGGAUGCGCGGCGCCGCCGCUUCGCCUUCGCCGUCCCCUUCCGUUUCCCCCUCGCCGGCGACAUCCCUGCCGCCUGCCUCUCCGCCUCCGCCUCCCCCGCCGGCCGCCGUCGCCGUCUCGUCGUCGGAUCGGCCGAGGCCCGACCUUCAGCCGGCCCCGCCCGCCCGCCGCGCCAAAGGCGGCGGCUUUGGCCUCGGGAUGGGCUUCCUCGCGUUCAGCGGCGUGGUGUCCCUCGCGCUCCUCGUGAUCUGGAGCAAGAAGGUGGUUGCUGCCGUCACCGUGGCCUCCUUCUCGCUCUUCCUGCUCGAGUCCGCGAGGCCUUCCCUGCGCCCCCGGCGGCCGCGGCCGGCGGCGACGGACGGGCGGCUCUUUUUGGACGGCCGGGGGCGCGUCUCGCCGAUCCGGGAGGUGGACGCGGAGACGGCGCCGUCCCGGCCUAGCUGCUCAGACACCGACAGGGGAAGCGAGGUCUCCAUCCUCGCCGUGGAACAAGACAGCGGCGCCCUCGACGAACCAACCAGCUCGAAGGCGAAGGCCAAGACGAAGAAGCGUUCCUGGAAGAAGCUGAUCGCUAGUAAAAAAUUGCACAAAGGCCGGAAGGGUAAGGAGGCGGAUUCCCUUGGGUCUUUCCGCAGCGACGGCGACGAAGCUGACGCGUCGGUGCGUCGUGGCAAUGCCACGGCGGCGGAUUCGCGCCGUGGCACGGCCAAUCAAACGGAUGCCGCCGUGGCCAGAGAGCCGGAUUCUCUGAGGGGGUCUCGCCGCAGCCAGGGGGGCAUAGAGGUAGUCGCCGCGCCGGUAGAAAUCGACGCGCCGGCGGUGAACCUCGUCCAGGAGGAAGAGGAGAGCGAAGCAGGAAGCAGGUUUCCUGCGGCUCUGGUCCUGGUCGCCGUCGCCCUCGCCGGCCUGGUGGCCGGGAAGCUCCCCGCCGUGGCGCUCACGGUGCUCUGCUACGCCUUCCUUCGCUCGGUUCGGGGAUCGCCCCGCGGUGGCGGUUGCCCGCCGGGGAGGCGAUCCGAGGUCCCCCAUGUCGUGGUAACUGAUGUAAAUUAGUGAGCAGCGAGCAAAAGGGAAGGAGAAAAGAUGAUGCGUGUUGGUUCAGUUUCAGACUUUCAGUUGCUGUUUGUGUAUGCACCCCCGCUGCUGGGUGGGUCGGAGAAACAUUAACUUAAACUCUCUGCUAAACUGCUGGUGAUCCCAUGCGUUUUUUA